AUGGGCGCCGUCAACAGUAGAUUGGGAGACGGCGACGCUUUAUACCUUCGCGAUCAGACGCGCUUCUCCAUUGCGGCUCUCAACAUCACCAAUGCUCGGAACCAGACGCUGUUGACUAUAGUCCCCAACGCCUUUCCGGCUACGAGGUACAACGCAAAGAGACCGAUAGGGGACGACGCCGUAGUUGAAUAUGUCCAGGAUCCAGAGUCGGCAUCCGCCAGUGGACCUCCACAUUUCCUGCUACGCUUAACGAACGAGGAAGACCUGUUCUUCAAUUUCACCUUCAUCAUUCGACAAGCCCAACCACCCGCCAGUAUCUAUAAUGUAAAUAAUGCCUCCACCAUAGCUCCAACCGCUCUUGUCGACACCGUCAUAAACGGCCUCACCUUCGUGUUCGCUUCAACCCCCAAGGAGUUGGAGAAUCUUGUCACAAGGGAAUUCCAUGCGAACCCAAAUCUGCACAAGAAUCCGUUGGUAGAAUUGGUCGGCGACUAUUCUACUGGAGGGACUCCUUCGGUCCAAUUUCAGUGGACGUGGAAAUGGAAGCCACCAAAGGCGCAGGAGGAGCGUGGUGGAGGCUGGCGCACAAGCUGCAGCUUCGUCGAAUAUGAUCAGCGGGCGCAUAAACUGGAGACACUGGCCAGUUUCGCUUUCUGGACCCAGAAUACACGUCCCUUGAACAGCCCGAAAUACCCUUCUCCGAGGUUGGAAAUUGGUGUUCCGCCACGGCUUCGCGUCCCAUCAGCCCACUCCGCCCACUCAAUCGAAUCGAGGAUCAGCGAUGAUGAAUACAGAGAUGGGCCCGAGGUCCUUCCCCCCAAGUCGCCGACGAUAGAGUCUAUACCCGAGUAUGGAUUGGGACUCAGUCAGACGACGACGCUUGCUAGUAACACCGUUAAGGUCGACGUCAAUUGCUCACGGCCCGGAGACGAUUUGAGCCAGACAGAGGACGGUCCUCUGUUUCGAGCCACGAUCAAGUCUCUGGAACAAAAGACGGGAAUCAUGCGCGCCAGAUGGAAGAAGGUGUUAAAGAGGGCCGAGGCGGCACUCGAAGCUCAAGUCGGUUGCAACAACGCAGUCGCGGAUCUGAUGGAUGCUCUUCGCGACGUUUCGAGAUCCAACGCCAAUGCCGUCCAGCCCGCUAUUGAUCACUAUUUCGACAAGAUCGCCAAGGAGAUUCUAGCAUAUGAACGAUCAAAUACGACCAACAUUCAGAAGCUCAUCAUCGACCCUAUCUCAAAGCUUUACAACAAUGACAUAAAGCAAGCAGAGACGAAGCGGAAAGACUUCGAGGAAGAGAGCAACGCCUAUUACAGUUACCUUGGUAAAUAUCUUGGCCAGCGACAAGACUCGCUCAAAGAAAAGAAGAGAGUGGAGACAGACUCAAAGUAUCAGGCAAAACGUCGUAACUUCGAACUAAAGAGAUUCGAUUAUUCUUCCUUCAUGCAAGACCUGCACGGCGGCCGCAAAGACCAAGAAGUACUGUCCCAUCUGACGCGGUAUGCUGACGCUCAAGCAAAGAGCUAUUUGGAGACAGCCAAGAAGAUAGAGACCAUGCUUCCGCAGCUCGAUGCUCUGACUUUCGAGGUCAAAGAAGCAGACAAGGAGUUCCAGCUCCAACGAACGGAGAGAGAAACCAAAAGGCGAGCGUUGGAGAAGAGCAAAACUCCAUAUGAUGAGCCUCCGGCGCCGCAAACCUCACCUUCACACCCUGCGAAUAGCAGUGUGGCCCGAGCGCCUUCGACUUCGGGUUCCGAUCUGCCAGGGCGGAAAGCCGGCCUCGCUCCCAUUUUCCAGAGCGCUGUUAUUCCCCCUCCUGCUUCGGCCUCCUCGAAUGUGCCAUCUGCAUUGUCUCCAAGUCCGGAUCCGAGUUUGCAAAGCAUACCCGCCGGGAGCCCCCAACCAGAUAAAUUCAAAGGUAUCCGGGACUUGGAAGAAAAUGCAUCGGGAGCCACGCUUGACCCCAACCUAGCGGCCUAUAGAAAGGAAGGACUUCUAUGGGCGCUCAGCAGGCCCGGAAGUCAUGUGGAUCCCAAAGGUUUGAACAAGCAAGCUUGGCACAAAUUUUGGAUCGUUUUGGAUCAAGGCAAGUUGUCGGAGUAUACCAAUUGGAAGCAGAAGCUUGACCUGCACAUGGACCCCAUUGACCUUCGCGUCGCUUCUGUAAGAGAGGCCCGUAAUGCGGAACGGAGAUUCUGCUUCGAAGUCAUCACACCUCAUUUCACCAGGGUGUACCAGGCGACGUCUGAAGAAGACAUGAAAAGCUGGAUUGCUUCGGUCAAUAAUGCUCUACAAACCGCCGUGGAGACGGCAGGGAAGAAUGACCGUCCCUCUACAGAUUCCCUGCCUGGAGCUACCCGUCGGGAUAUCGCGUCAGUCCUCACAGGCAAAAGCCCGUCUCUAUCCAGUCACCGGAACAACUACGGCUCGAAAACACCCGCAAGACAUGCCACCGUUGGUGAGCGACCGACAUACAGGCGGGAUGAGGGCGUUACAGAAGAUGGCAGGCUCCUGCAGCAAGUCCGCGAUGCCGAUGCGGGGAAUAAAUUUUGCGCAGACUGUGGAUCCGAGAACAAGGUGGACUGGGUAUCCAUCAAUCUGGGGAUCAUCAUCUGUAUCGAGUGUAGCGGUAUCCACCGCUCCUUGGGCACGCAUAUCUCCAAAGUCCGGUCUCUAACUCUGGAUACUGUCUCAUUUACCCCUGAUAUCAUCGAGAUUCUGCUCAGGAUCGGGAAUCGAAUCAGCAACAUGGUCUGGGAGGCAAAGCUGGACAGGGCUCUAAAGCCGUCUCCAACAUCCACCAGGGAGCAGAGGCUCCACUUUAUCACCUCGAAGUACGCUGAUCGGGCUUUUGUUGCUCCUAUUUCACCUACCUUGUCGCACUACCCCACAGCCGAAGAAACUCUGUUGGCGUCCAUUAAGAAGAACGAUAUCCAGAACGUAUUGUAUGCUUUGGCUCUGAAGGCGGAUCCGAAUUCGAAGGACAAGUCACGGGGCACGCACGCAGUGUAUCUGGCUCUGGCCGCGGCUGAUCCAGCAUCUCCAUCAGCGUCGGCUUCACCCGCUACCUCACCAGGUCCAGGGGCGCGCCCUGCAACGCCGCAGCCGCCACGCAAGCCCUUCGCUAUCGCCGAAUUGCUUCUCCAGAAUGGCGCCGAGUUACCGUCCCAACCCGCCCCGAUUCCGCUAAGCCCUUCAGCGCGGUUGUAUCUCGAGCACAAGGCCGAUCAACGAGCCGGGAAGAGGUCGACUGCCGGGAUUGGAGGGCAAGCCAGCCCUGGCAACGAUACGAUCACAGCGCUCCCUAACAUCGUGGCCGGUAAUGGCAGCACUCCGGCCGAGCGCGCCAAAGAGAGGGAAGCCAGGUUACAGAAGAGGGUCAGCGCUGGUGGAAGGUUGGUAAAGUCGUCAUACCCCGAUAAUACGGAAAGUAGGCGAGGCUUGUAG